AUCGCUCUCUUUCCAAUGUCCCGUUUUUUUUCUUUAAAGCACCUAAAUGUGAACCAGAUCCAGGUGGUAGUACGGCGCUGCUCAAGUCCAAAUGUAACUGAGGAGACAACGUAUUUUAUCCCUCGCAACCCUGUGGUGGAUGCUGGCACCAACACGGACCCACCAGUAGUCUGUUGCCCUUUGCUGCACAGAUUCUGCCCGUGUCCUCCAAGAGGCCUCCUCGCCUCUCUCAUCACCAAAGUUCUUUUGGCAGCUGUUCUUUUCGGAGUGGUUUGGUCGAUCACAGAAAAAGAAUGUCUCCCAGGAGGGAACCUGUUUGGCAUCACAAUACUCUUCAUCUGCGCGCUCAUCGGUGGCAAAUUGGUGGCUCUCAUCCGUCUGCCCAAACUCCCACCGUUCCCACCACUUCUCGGUAUGCUGCUGAUGGGUUUCCUGCUGAGGAACAUCCCUGUUGUAACAGAUGGGGUGUACAUCGAAUACAAAUGGUCUGCGUCACUGAGGAACAUUGCUCUGGCUGUGAUUCUGGCCAGAGCCGGGCUGGGCUUGGAUCCCACGGCUCUGAGGAAACUAAAAUCUGUGUGUUUACGUGUGGCAAUGGGGCCGUGCCUUAUCGAGGCUUGCACCAUAGCUCUGAUCUCUCACUUCCUCAUGGACCUGCCCUGGGGUAUGGGGCUUCAUUCUGGCUUUGUGCUGGGCGCUGUGUCUCCUGCAGUCGUGGUUCCCUCCAUGCUGUUGCUCCAAAAGGAUGGAUAUGGUGUGGAGCAGGGCAUCCCGACCCUGCUGAUGGCUGCAGGCAGCUUUGAUGACAUUCUUGCCAUCACAGGGUUCACCACGUGCUUGGGCAUGGCCUUUGCCACAGGCUCCACUUGGUACAACCUCUUGAGAGGAGGACUGGAGGUGCUUGGAGGGAUGGUUGUUGGGAUUCUCCUUGGCUUCCUCAUCCAGUACUUCCCUAGUGUUGACCAGAAAUACAUCGUAAUGAAGCGUUCCUUCUUGGUGCUGGGUCUGUCUGUGUUUGCCGUGUUGGGCAGUGGCGUGGCGGGGUUUCCUGGCUCUGGAGGCCUCUGCACCCUGGUGUUGGCAUUCCUGGCAGGCUAUGGCUGGGGUACAGAUAAGGUCCGUGUGGAGGAAGUGGUGGGGUGGGCGUGGGAAGUGUUUGAGCCUCUACUCUUCGGACUGAUAGGAGCCGAGAUUCGAGUCUCUGAGUUGGAGGGAAACACUGUUGGUCUGGGUAUAGCCUCUCUGCUCAUUGCUCUGCUGGUUAGAGUGCUGUUCACCUUUGUCUGUGCAUUGUGUGCGGGCUUUAACAUGAAGGAGAAAGUGUUUAUAGCCCUAGCAUGGAUGCCCAAAGCCACAGUGCAGGCAGCUAUCGGCUCCACAGCUCUGGACAUGGCCAGAGGAAAGGAAGGCCAGCCGGAGCUGCAGCGGUACGGCAUGGACGUGCUGACUGUGGCUGUGCUCUCCAUCCUUCUCACAGCCCCUGUAGGAGCUGUUAUCAUAGGGCUCAGUGGACCUUACCUGCUGCAGAAACCAAAGAACUCAGCCUGUGGCACUGCAGCAGGAGGCAAAGAUGACGAUGAAACUCCCGUCACCUAUGAAAGUACGCUCUGACACCUCUGUCCAAUAAGAGAGGACAUUUAAAGAGACUCCUCACACCUCAGAUGUUUGAGCUUUUCUUUAGCCACCGAGUGGCUCUCUUUGUCUCUCCGUUGGUCGACUCCUGAUGUUUGGCAUCCUGCUGCAACACAUGAAUCACACUGUAUUUAUAGCCUCUGGUGGUUUCCAGGCCUCAUGCUGCAAACAAAUGACCCCUGUUCCCCUGUCUGCUUUGUCAUGCUGAGUGAACACUGUACAUGUGGCAGUUAGGGUUUUUUUUUCAAAUGCAGAUUUAUUCAAAUGUACUAGUGUGGGGCUUAUAAAUGUUUUACCUCUUUGUAAAAGUGUAAACUGUCCCAACCUGUCAUGUUCGCUGAAUUCAGUAUUUGUGCUUUUUUAUGACUAGAGUUCUAUUAACAAUCUGCUGUACUUGAACUUGAAAAGGCAAUGCUGUAUUUUAUUACAAACUGUUUUCAUUGGGUGGCUACACUCCCCUCCAACAGUAUUGGGACAGUGAGGUCAAUUCCUUUAUUUUUGCUGUAGACUAAAAACAUUUGGGUUUGAAUAUGAGACAAGAAAUCAUUAUACGAGGUUAAAGUGAAUAAGACUUAAUAUGUAGUUGCAGAUCCUUUGCUUGCAGUAACUGCAUCUACCCUGUGACCCACUGACAUCACCAAACUGUGGCAUUCUUGUUUUGUGAUGCCUCUUUCAGUUGUUGCGUGUUUUGGGGGUUACUCCCUUCAGUUUCCUCUUUAGCAGGUAAAAUUCAGCUCUAUAGGGUUUAUGUCUGGAGAUUGACUUGGCCAGUCUAAAACCUUCCAGUUCUUGCCCCUGAUAACUCCUUUGCUGUUUUGGCAGUGUGUUUUGGGUCAUUAUCUUGCUGUACAAUGAAGGAUCUCCCAGUCAGUUUGGUUGCAUCUUUCUUUAAAUUGGCAGACCAAAUGUUUCAGUAGACUUGCUGCUGCCAUCAUGUGUUCCAUCAUCAGUGAAGAUUAAUGAGCCCGUCCCAGAAGAAGCCAUGCAAGCCCAAGCCAUGACCUUACCUUCAGUACGUUUCACAGGUGAGAUUGUAUGUUUGGGAUCAUGAGCAGAUCCUUUCUUUCUCCAAACUUGAGGCUUUCCAUCAUUUGGUGAAGGUUCAUCUUUGUCUCAUCGGUCCAUAAAGCUUUGUCCCAGAAUUUUUGAGGCUCGUCUCUGUACUUUUUGGCAAAUUCCAGCCUGACCUUCCUAUCAUUCUUGCUAAUGAGUGGUUUGUAUCUUCUAGUGUAGCCUCUGUACUUUUGUCCAUGAAGUCUUCUGUGAACAGUAGAUUGUGAUACCUUCACUCCUCCCCUCUGGAGGUUGUUGCUGACGUCACUAACUGUUGUUUUAGGGUCUUUCUUUACAGCUCUCACAAUGUUUCUGUCGCUUCUGUUUUCUUUGGUCUACCUGUUCGAUGUCCGUUACUUGGUACACCAGUGGUUUCUUUCUUCUUCAGGACAUUCCUAAUGGUUGGACUGUGAUGACCAAUGUUUGUGCACAAUUGCUUGUUUUUCACCCACAGACUAUAGAUGCAGUCUGCACAGGCAAAACCCAAAUCUGAAACUGAACAUAGACAUUGAGCGCUAUUUAUUGUUUGAAUAACCAAUGUCGCAACAAAACACACCUGUCAGUCACAUGCACCAGUACUUUUGCUCACGUGACACAUGGGUGCACUCAAACAAAAGGUGCUAUCUUCAAAGUUGUGUGUCAGAUCUACAUGUAAAUAAUGUUGAUCUCGUCUAAUAUUCAUCGUUUGAUGUCAAACCCAGAUGUUUUCAGUCUACAGCAAAACACUGUUCAAUACUUCUGGAAGGGAGUGUAUGUAACUGUGCUGAUAGUAGCAAUGCUUAUUAUAAUUACACUACACAAUAGACAUGAAUUCAAGUGUUUAGAAGUUCUCCACUCAGUGCAUUUUAGUGCUUUGUUUGAGUGUAUUUUUGUGUAUGUUUUUUCACAUAUCGUAGCUUUAUGUCUCUGUGGUGGGAAAUGUUUUCAAGACUCAGGAUUCAAUCUGAAUACUCUAUAAUGCUUUACUUGGGUUUAAACACAAUGCUGCUUGAAAUCCUAUCAACUACUAUAUGCACUGUCUGCUUUCAACGUCAUGAGUUCUCAACAAUCAUCUUGUCCAUAUUCCCAACAUUACUGAAAACCCAAACUUUUAUAUUUGUGAACAAAAAUAGAUUGUAACUUUAGAUUUCUUUAUUGACAGAAGUAUGCAGUUUAACUUAAGAUGUUUUUGAUUUGUUUGAAUUUAUAACGCCUAAUUUAAAAGGUUUUGCACUAGCAACUAUUUAUGAUGAAUAUGAAGAAUUAAGCAUUAGUUUUUUUUACCAAAUAUUCUUUAAACAAUAAAUGAUAAAAACUCAA